UACGAGUUUGUGCAUAGCGGACCUCGCUAUACUUUGGAUCAUCCGCAUCCCUUUCUUGGCUCAUAACAUAGUCUAUGAAUUCUGAGAAUGACUGUUGCUCUUCAUGGGGCUUUGCCAACACUAGAUCCCCAAUUUCUGGCAUGAGAGUUGGAGAAUCGGCGUUUCUAGAACACCAGACAUCGUCAGCUCUACUCAACAGCCCAAAAGUCAGGCUUAGACCGCAUACCCAUAUGGUGUUACGGCAACGUUAACAUUUUGAUCCUGCAUAGCCGUCUUUAGAUAUUCGGGGCUCCAAUUUUGGACAGCUUUCCAAGACGAACAUGCGCCACGAACAACAAACGGGACAUUGCGCGCAACAUAGCGCAUAAACUCUAAUGGGCUUGGCUCCUCUUCGAGUUCGUCUAUUAUGUUGCUGUUGAGUUCAUUAAAUGUAGUUAUAAGCUGCUCGAUACAAUUGUCUCGAUCCAUGUCUUUUGGGCAGUAUUUAACGUUUAGAUUUAACAUGCAUAUUUGAAAAUGGAUGUUUUGCAGGCCCUCUCAGAACUCGAGUGGGUCAAGCCCUCGUCGUCGUUUUGAUGCUUUGGCGGUAGGUUGGUGGCAAGGCUGCGCGUGUCCCGCCCCCCUUUGCGAAAAAAUAGCCCAUGCCAUGACGAAUGCUAUCCAUGCUAUAAGUUACACUAUACUAGUUAGUUUAAUAUCGAACCAGCCUGAUAGGGAAUAGGUUGUGCACAGGGUCGAGUGUGUCUUAGACAGUAGGCUAUUUAUAACGAACCACCACCCUCUAGCGUGCCCUGUCUUAAUCGUUAGCGAGUAAGGACGAAAGGCAGCACAAAGCGCAGUUUUUAUAUAGACUUGCAGCAGCAGGCAGUUGCUAAUUACUUGCGCUUCCAGGUAAUUACAGCGUGGUGAGCUCAACCGCAUGGCGUCUUCGGCGUCCGUGUGUUACUGGGAACGUGCGCCGAACAACUAGCGGUGUACGGCCAAUGUUGCAGGCCGUCAGGCUAAUUUGCUGGUUUGCAGCAGACCAUACGCUGUGGUAUCUUUUUAGCGACACCUGCUUCGCCAGCCUCUAAACCCAUCGGUACACUUGUUGUUCAACUGCAGUAAGACGUGGUCUGAGGAGUCCAUGCCUGUCAAAGUGUAGAAGCACGUCUCGCAUUCUGGGGCUGUGUUAUGCUGUACACUGUGCUUUGGUAUUCCUAAUCGGUGGUAUAAACAUUCAUGGUACUAUGUUGACCUAUUUUCACGGCCACUCUCACAAUAGCCGUCUAAUUGGACGCACGUUGUUUUUUUUAAAGUCGAGUGGCUGGGGACCGUCUCCCCUAAACGACAGGGGCAUUGGGUAGCGCUGGGCCGUUGCACGACGCGCCGACUCGAUUGGCGCAGACACAGCUGGCAGCCAGUGCAACCAUCCGUAGCACCGCGCACACAACGCAGUUGACGGCCUUUUGAUUCUGCCGUCUUCUCGCUAUUGUCCUGACAAGGGUACCCAAAUUCAUUCCCAAAGACGUCGCGUGCCCCUAAUCACAGGCUGAGAGUGCGCUCUGAUACAACUUGCUGGUGCUCCUGGUCGCUAUCUUCCUCCCGAUGCUCAUCAAUUAACCGCCAUAAGCCCCCUCUCUUACUCUCAGCCACCUCUGGCCAAGUGGUGACUAUUCCACGAGCUUCUCUCUUCAAUCUCGGGGCACCCUGUUCUUUAUCCACUUGAUCCCAUCUCUGCAUCAUGCAUCCUCAAACCAAUUCGCCUUCCCCUGAGCGGGAUAGCCUUGCUGAGCUUAGAACUUCAGACGCUGUUCGUGUCAGCUCUGAUUGUGCCCAAUCCAAGCCGAGGUCAGGCCUCUUCAGGGCUGACGAGAUCGUUGCUUGGAUGGCAUCGUCUGAGGUGGACCAGAAGUUCCUCGGGAGGCUAGCCAAGUCUGUUGAACGAGACAACCCUCUGUUAUCGUCCAUACUAUUUAAGAUUCUCGGUCUUUCACUAAACCUCUCAGAGCAACUCGUUGCUGCCAAAAGGCAACGGAAACCGGAUGCUGCAACUUCCCCAGCCUUCCUCCGUCGCGUGCUUCACAUAUUAUGGCUCGCCCGUGAAGGUCUGAUAAUGUUACAGCAGUAUGUUAUUCCAAUGGUUGGAAAUUAUGUCGAGCUCAAGGUCCUGGCAUACAAACUGCGUGCAAGUUUCCACCACAUAUUUGUGCUCUUCCACAACAAACCUGCUGUUUCGAAUAUAGGAAGCUGGACCCCCGAAGCUAUGGCCGCCGCAGCGUUCGCUCCCAUAGCGAAACCGUACAACGACCACAACGGUGACGCUAUGUCAAUAUCAUCAUCGAUACAACCGACGCACCCCUUGGAAUCCGGCCCUCUAGGGCCGCCUCCGGGCUUUGAAGCCCAGGUUGCUCUAUUACCACCAAGUGCGCUACUGCCCCAAAAGAACUACCUCCCGGACGCACAUGAUCACUUCCGAGAAGCCGUUGAGCUUGCUGACCAACUACUCUGGGGUUCCCACUCACUACGCCUGUCAGUCAAGACAGAAUAUGUCGCUUUUCUCUACGAGUGCGUUCACGAUGUACCAGCAAGCAGACAGCUCGCCAAGCAGACCAUUACCGAGGUAUACGAUGCCACUGAGGGCAUGGACGAUGAUAUGUUUCAAGACGCUUGCGAGCUUGUGACGGUGUUGGGCCGUAUGAUGAAGCGUGGCUCUCGAGGGAAGGCACCCGCCUUUAUUGCCAAUAAAGACCCUAUCGCAGAUCAAAACCUCGCUGCGCCAACAGAAAACGUUAUAUAAACAGAUCCCCCCCUCACCUCGCACAAAUGGCUAAUAGCAUGCUGCUGCGUGCUCCUUUGUUGACUACGCCCUACGGCCCAACAAGUUGAUGCAUCUACUUCCCGUCGUUUCACCAGUUUUAUAGCGUUGGCUAGCAUUUUCUACCAACUGUAUACUAAUCACUUCGUUGACAUUGGCGCCGCGAGCCGUUGACAUGUACAGGUCAUGUCAAGAGUUUUCAAGUUUUCACAAAUGUUUGUACUAUACCACCCUGUCAUUUUGUAUACAUGUAUACAUACAUCAAUACCUCAAAGAGAUAUCACGUGUUGAAUAUCAAGAAAAUAGUUUGAGUACAUUAUUAAUAUUGGUGAUUAACUUUUCGCUAUCUCAUAAUACAUGGGCAGGCCCCUUUCCCUCUCAUGUGCCUGUUGUUGACGAUAGAAGCCCACACAAUUGCACCGUACGCCACCCGUGCUGACCAGUUAGUUAAGGAAUCCCUUGCAAGCGGCUGUUCCGCAGAGACAGGGAAUACGGUCCAGACUACCAAUUUCUCUCUCGAACUUGUAAUCGUACGUAAGCUCUUCGUCUAUGUCACUAGUUAGCAUAAAAGCAGUUCAUUGACAGCACCGUGGUCAUCGGCAAAGCUAGAUAGAUACUUACUCAUGGCAAUGUCUCUCAGGGCGUAAAUGACAAUGCGCUUGCUACCUUCCACCCUGAUAAUCUUGGCGGUGCAGUUUGGCAUGCAACUAUGAUUAAUGAAUCUUGCAAUGCCACCCUUCUUUGUCGCGUCGACGACUGUGUCUUCAUCGAUUCGGAAUAAGUAGCUGCUACCAAUGCCGCUCUUGAGAUAUCUAUUCUCACGGAUCUCGGAGAUUUGCUGACGGACUUCUUCGCCGACGUACUCGAUAAUCAUGUCGUCCUUGUUGAUGUUCUCCAUGGCAUAAAGACCCCAAUUGUGGAUAGCUGAGCGAGCAAAUUUGACGGGCUUCUUACGCUUCUUCAGUUGGUUGAACUUGAAGACAUCAGAGUCCUGUCCCAGUGUCUUCUUUUGAUCAUUGAGAUCAGCCACGUAGCGACGGUUGGUUGCCCUGUUUGCACGCGAGUUGCCCUUGGCGAGCUUCUCAGCAGCCAUCUUGGCGGCUUCAGCAGCAGCUGUAGAAGCAUCUUUGCCACUUUUGGCGUUGGCCUCUCUCUCCUCGCGGGCCUUUUGCACCUUGAUGUGAUGUGGCAGAUACUUUGACUUUUCAGAAUUGAGAAUCUUCUUGACUCCCUCAGUCCUAGCGCACCCGGAGGGGUUGGGAACGUAGUAUCCUUCAAUCGAGAUAGGCUCAUUCGGCGUGUCUUCUGAGGCAUUUAGCUCACGCACGCGCUGUGCUCUCCAUAACCACAGUUGCGGAUUACCAAUGGAAGCUGUAUGAAAUCGUUUUUCUAGCCUGCCUGUAUCUGGCUUAUCCGUGCCAUAUAAGGAGAGGUGUUGCAAAGUUGUUAUGUCGAGCUUGAAGCCAUCGGCAAGCUUCAGAGCGGGUGUGAGAGGCUUUUUAGCAAAGAUCUUGUCAUUGUAUCGAUCCAUGAUGGCCUGCCGGUCUUUCUUCCGCUGGACUACUGCUGCGGCUGUGUCGUCAUCGAGUGAUUCUACGCCUUCUAUCGGCGCACCUGUUGAAGCGUUGAGAGGGCUAUCCAUAUCAUGGUCACUGUCUCGACGAAGCUUCGCAGCCUUUAGCGCUUGACGUCGCUGCUCUUUACUGCUGGGAAGUAUGGGGGUCUCGGAGCGGGAAAGCCUACUUUCAUGGUCUGUAACGUCGCCAUCAAUACCAAUAUCCUCAGAGUUAUCUCGCGUUGACCGAUCAUCCGCGCUAUCAAACCGCAAGUGGCUUGCUGUUUUCAAUCGCUUCUGGCGUAGCAGAUUUGCUUGAUCAUUCUUGCGUUUUUUGGAUGGGUGGAAUUGAACACUAGAUUCUGUCAUAGAGUCAUCUUCUGGCUCGUCCCACAUGACAAAGUCAUCUUUAGUAGCCUCGUCAUCACUGCUAAGGCGGCUGUGAGGACGAGUGACGUCUCCAGCUUUGAGAGCAGCCGCUUGGAUCUCAGCAUCAUCAUCCGACUCGUAGUCACUGUCAAAACUCUUUAGGCGAUGGUGAAGAGAGCGGAAAGCUGGCUUAGAAGCCGAGAUUGGCUUCCGAGCAAACGGGUCUCUAAACCGAUUUUGGGGUGGCUGACUUUUGACUUUCGAUUUGCGGAUCUUAGGCAGUGCUUUGAUUUCAGCUCGGCUCGUACGUCGCUCAAUCGGAUCAGCUCUGGCGUUUGGAGUGCCGAUUCUCGUUUUAACCUUCUCAACGUUGAAGCCCUCAUCAUCAUCAUCGUCGUCAACGAUAUCAAUGUUAAACUUCUUUCUAUUCGCCAGAUGAUUCGAAGGAUCGAGGAAGUCUUGCAAAUAAGGAGCUGCAACCUGAGUUCGGAUAUGGCGAAUAAGAUGUUCCGUCAUCUCACGCCGGACAGCUUCGACGGCUUCAUUGACUGGAUCGAAAUUCUUAGCACGCUGCUUCUUUUCUUCUUCCAUGUCGGCCUCUUCCUCUCUACGACGUCGUCGCGCCUCAUCGUCCUUCGUCUUGACAGGUUUCCUAACUGUCGGCCGCUCAGGGCUUGGUGUUCGUCGAUUUCGUGGAGGCAGCGGGUUCGCUGGAGGUACGCAAAGCUGCAUAGACAUGUUAUAGUUAAAGAAUUCGGUGUGGUUCACUGCACGGAAACACCGCUCUGCCUCUUUUUCUCCAUUAAGAGAUUGGCGGAAAACAAUAUAGUAACCGGCUUGCUUAUCGAGAAGAAUGUCCUCGAAAGCAUAAUUUUUUAACCUUUUCUUCAUAUGUGGGAUAAUACUCGGGAUCGGCGGGACGCUUUCGGUGUCGACAAAGAUAUAAGGGUCAUUAAUAAGUUGUGUCGCAAGGUUUCGAGGCUCGUUCACCGUCGCGACCACAGAUGGUGUACUUGGUACUGUAAAUACGCGUUGCGAAGCUGGCCCUUUCGGUGCCGUCGGUGGUGGUCGAAUGAAUUCCUGAGAUGUACCUGACUUUGGCCCAGUUGGUGUGCCUGCAGCUGGUACAUCGCGGCGCCCUCGGUCUAGCUUUUCUUUUUCUCGGCGCAUAUAAUCUUCCAUCAUCUGUCGACUCUUUUGACCAUCGGGAUCGAAUUGUACUCGUAUCAUAUCGGCUUCGACUUUCAGUCCACGCGCGUUGACAGCUCUCCGCGCCGCAUCGGCACCAGAUACAGCCCUUUGACCAGCGCGUAUCCGGGUCGAAUCAGCGAACCUAAUAGUACAGAAUCCCAGGGGGCUACCUGUUUCUGGAUGCAUUUUAUUGCUUGAAGCAGCGAUGCUGCCAAAAUCCUGAAAAACUGCCGUUACUUUGUGGAACGGAACUAGCGGCUUAUAUCUUGUGACGAGGAUCUGAGUUGGUGGCCCUGGGCCAAUCGAAGUCUUUACGUCAUAUGCAUAUGGUCGUAAGUUCUCCAGAGACGGCCGAAACCGUGACCUUGGGAGGUGGUAAUCAGUGUUGAUAUACGCCAGCCGGCCGCCUUUCUGCAGUCGUGGAUCCGAUAUUGUCUCGCCAGUAGCCUGUCCCGAGUUAGCACACAAUUCAU